AUGCCAAAACUUAGUUUAAAGAGAGUGCUGCCACCACAACCGUCGACGCAGCGUAAUUUCACGACGCAUCUGUCCUUCGAUGCAAGCACGAAUUCUCUCGCGUACCCAUGUGGUAAGUCUGCGUUCGUGAGAGGUCUGGACGUUGGGUCCCCAGUCAUCCAAUUUACAGGACACGGGAAUGCGAACGUGACCGUUGUUAAGUUUUCGCCGAUCGCAGGGUCGCAAUACGUCGUCUCUGGUGAUGAUCAGGGGAAGGUCAUUGUGUGGGGGUGGUCCACUGGGGAGGACGGUGCCGUUGAGACCACUGUCAAGUCUGAGUUCCACGUAUUAGCGGGUCCGAUCACGGACGUGUCGUGGGAUUUUGAGGGGAAGAGACUCUGCGUUGUUGGGGAGGGGAAGGAUAAGUUUGGGGCGUUUAUAUCGUGGGAUUCUGGCAAUUCGCUCGGUGAAGUGACAGGUCACUCGCAGCGCAUCAAUGCGUGCCAUUUCAAACAGUCGAGGCCCAUGAGAUGCAUUACUGUUGGUGACGAUGGCGCUGUCGUGUUCUACCAGGGACCCCCUUUCAAGUUUGUCGCAAGUGAUAGAUCGCACCACGACCAGGGCAAGUUUGUAAGAGAUGUCCAAUUCUCCCCCGGAGAUGGUCAGUACGCGGUGUCUGUUGGGUCAGACAGAAGGAUUGCUUGUUUCGACGGUAAGACCGGUGACUUCAUCAAGUUCGUGGAGGACCCAGAGGAGACUGUUCAGGGUGGGCUGUUUGCACUAUCGUGGUUGAGCCCACAGACGUUUGCGACAGCAAGUGCGGACGCCACGGUAAGAGUGUGGGAUGUCACUACCGGUAAGUGUUUGGGGAAAUGGGUUGUUCAAGGCUCCACACUGGAUGCUCAGCAAGUCGGUAUCGUUGCCCUCGCAGAAGAUAAAAUUGCCUCGCUGUCACUAAACGGUACGGUCCGCCUAUUCCAACUCGGGCAAACAACACCGACGCAAGUACUACUGGGGCACAACAAGGGAAUUACUGCGUUGAACGCCACACCUUUGGUCAGUGGGUCCUACGAUGGGAAAGUCAUGGACUGGGACUCCACGAAACUGUACUCCCAGCACGAAAACCUGAUUGUAUCUUUGGAUUGCAAGGCGUAUCCGAAAGUUGCAUCUGUAUCUUGGGAUGACACUCUGGGGGUCAAUGGUGAGAAAGUAUACCAGUUCACCUCUCAACCAAAAGUCGCCUGUUCAUACGGCGGCAACACGGCUGUAGUCACUUCCGAUGAUACGCUGCUCGUGAUAAACUCUGCUAGUAAGGGCGAAAUCAUCCACCAAAUCAAACUCGACGAACCGGCGAGUUCCGUGGGUCUUUCUGAAACGUUAUUGUCUGUGGGCUUCGAAAACACUAACACAAUCUCUGUCCUGCAAUUGCACGACCCAACGGUAUCCUACCAACUCAAGACACCUUUGCAGUCCACACCGUCGUGCAUCUCGAUAUCCCCGAGCGAGAAGCUACUGGCUGCCGGUGACACGAUGGGGAAGAUUGUCCUCUACGACUUGUCCACGAAGGAGGUCAAGACUUCGCGGUGGUCCUUCCACACGGGGCGUAUUAAGUCCAUCGCGUGGAGACCUACCGAGGGAGACGAUGAGGAGGACCUAGUGGCAAGUGCCUCACUGGACACCAACAUCAUCAUCUACUCCGUGCAGAGGCCCAUGAGAACGAUCAAGCGGCUGAACGCGCACAAAGACGGUGCAAACUGCGUCUCGUGGAGCGACAGCAACACUGUUGUCAGUGCCGGAUCCGACGCGUGUAUCAAGGAGUGGACCCUGCAGUUGGAUUAA